UCAGUCUCACAUUAAAAUGGCCGCAUUUUAGUCUACAGAAUAUACUUUUCUUUACUGUUUGCCAAUAUCCCGUGCUGAGGGCUUGGCGGUGUUCGCUACAUGGUGUGGCCGAUCUGUUUCGCCGGAAAUUUCACUGUAUCGUGUGUCGCGCGCAAAAUUUCCGUGAAAUAGAACGAGCUAGAUCGGGUUUCUCUAUAGAUUUUCAUAAGAUGUUACGCCAUCACGCAAUGCAAAAUCAGUUGCGAGAUAACAGAAUGGCAGGUCCGAUGCGGCCUAUGCAGCAGGCUAACUUGCCCCCUUUACAUCAGCCGCAGCAUCUGUUGCCGCAUCGGAAUCCACAUCAACCAAUACUGUCAAUGCCCCCCCAUCAACAGCAUAUGCAUCACAUGCAGCAUCCUGGCCCGCCGCAUGGAAAUCCCAGACAGCCAAUGUUGAUGGGCAUGAAUACGCACAAUGCAAACAAUACUAUGGUUAGCGUUAGCAUGAAGGACCAGACGAGCACGGUCUCUGUGACUCUUCAGAACUCGAAUAUACAGUCCCAAUAUCAUCAGCAGCAGCAGCAACCGAAUAACCAACCGAAUCAAUCUCUCCAACAGCAGACGCAGCAACAGCAACAAUCACAGCAGCAGCAACAGCCGCAGCAGCACGUGUCGCAGCAGGUCGUUACCGAACAAACGAAAACAGUGACGAACGAUGGCAACGGAGGAGAGUCCAGGGACGAUGGUUCAUCCGGUCAGAAUCAUGCCAACGUAACCAAUCCAGCUUUGGCAAACAUGAAAGAAAAGACACCUAUGUGUUUGUUGAACGAGCUGGCGAGAUUCAAUAGGGUUCAGCAUCAGUAUAGACUCACUAAUGAGCAAGGACCGGCGCACAAGAAGAGAUUCACUGUGACGCUAAAACUCGGCGAAGAGGAGUAUAUCGCGGAAGGUCCCAGUAUAAAGAAGGCUCAACACAGCGCAGCGACAGAAGCGUUAACUAAGACUUGGUACCGUCAGCCGCCCCCUAAACCCACAAAGGCCAUGAGGAUUGGUCAUCUAGGCAAAUGUCCAACCGGCUCGGGACAUUUGCCUCCCACUGUUGAACUGAACGCUCUUGCCAUGAAACGCGGCGAACCGACUGUCUACACAUUUCGACAAGCACCACCAGCCGCACUGCAGCAUCAAUAUGCGGUAACGCACGGUUUCGGCAACUAUCCGCGAAUGUUUAACCCACGACUUCCGUACAAUCGCGGAGUUCACACGGAUCUUCAAGGAUUGUAUCUCGUUUCUCUGAAAGUCGGCGAACGCGAGUUCACAGGCAGAGGUCUGACCGGGCAAGCGGCCCGUCAUGACGCGGCCAGCAGAGCCUUGGAACAAUUGCGCCAAUUACCACUGCCGGAGGAAGUCGCGAACGCUAACAACACCAACGAGAAUGGAACAUUGAGCGGAAUCGACGAUCCGAAUGCAGAAUUGAAGAGUCCAGUAUCUUUAGUCCAUGAGACCGCAUUGAAGCGUGGGCUACCAGUCAGCUUCGAAGUCGUCUCAGAGAGCGGUAAACCCCACAUAAGAACUUUCAUGACGAAGUGUACUGUUGGUGACAAAGUUACCGUGGGAGAAGGAUCCUCGAAAAAGGUAUCAAAAAAACGCGCCGCCGAGUUAAUGUUAGAGGAACUGAAGCGUCUUCCCCCGUUACCCGCUAGCAUACAAAAUCGAUCACUGCGAGUCAAGCGUAAGCCACCGGCAACAAAGAAGAAAUCUCGUAAUUUAAUUAAAGUCUAUCAAGAGCCCCGCUCGGAAAACGAAGCCGCGGAGGAAGUUAAUCCGGUCUCGCGUCUGGUUCAGAUUCAACAGGCAAAACGAGAACGAGAGCCCGUCUACAAUCUUAUAGACGAGAAGGGCGCGCCGAGACGCAGAGAGUUCAUCAUGGAGGUGACUAUGGGUCAGCAUUCAGCUCAAGGAAUUGGACCUAACAAGAAAUUGGCCAAAAGAGCUGCUGCCGAAGCUCUUUUGACACAAUUAGGGUACAGCAAACCGUCGCCACAACCCGCCAAGCCAUCCAUUAAAACAGGAGACAGUGAGAAUACGGAGACAAAGCCCAGGAAGGUGACAUUUCUCGAAGAUGAUCAAAUAAACGAUACUCAACCUCACUCGGUAGGAGGUACUAUCGGCCGUCAAUUAGCACCUGGUCUUCUACUGGUGGAUGGAGGUCAAGAAUCUAAAUUAGGGGGCGGACCCAGUGUGCAGAUAGUUGCUGAAGAAUUGCGUGGGCAGCAGCAGCAGAACUCCGCUGGUGUCUCACCCAAAGAUCAAUUGCAUUAUCUAUCUCAGUUACUUAACUUCAGUGUAGAAUUCAGCGAUUUCCCGAAGGGUGUGUCCAUAAACAAGGAAUAUCUUUCGCUCGUAUCACUCAGCACCGAUCCACCGCAAGUAUGUCAUGGCAACGGAGCGACAAUAGCUGCGAGCCGUAAUCAAGCGGCGUUAAGGGCUCUUCGUACUCUCACGAAACUGGGACUUGACAAUGCUGCGAAUGCGCAAGCGAAGAAAGACAAAGGUGCGUCUGGUGAUGGAAUACACAUUAGCAUUCAAGUUAAAAACAACAUUAUGGAUGGAGCUAUCGAUAAGUAACUGAAUAACGUUUAAGACUCGCAUACAACGUUGAGUUAUAUUUAUGCUUCUUUAAGACACUGCGAAAGAGAAAAUUUAUUAUUAAAUUUUUUUAUUGAAAAAUUUAUUGUGCGGUAUUAAUAAGGAUUAUCAAUACCAAGGGUUAUUAUUUCGAGCGGUUUUUUAUUUACUUAUGGACAUAUUUACAUGUUAUUUUAUAUUUACGAUCUCUUUCUUUUUUAUUAUGCAAUGAUUUAACUAUAUUUUGAAUUAUAAAAUAACACUUGUCUAUUGUAGAAAAAUCAUAAUUUAUAAAAAUGUACUUUAUCAAACAAAAAAAAACAAAGAUUAUCGCGCGAUUACGCUUUUAUGUACUUGAUAUUCACUUUUAUUUUAUGUACUUGAUGCUCAAAUUGUUGAAUUACGAAAAGUUAAAUUAUGAAAAGUUGAAUAAAAGUUCAACAAACAUCCGAUCAGUUAUAUAUUAUUGGUUAAUUAUAUAUAUUAAUGAUCAUUGCUUAAUUAUUAUGCAAAACUUUCUAAUCUUUCACAGUGUCUUAAUUAUAUUGAAAUGCCGUUCAAGCACCAAUAAGCCAUGUGUAUUUAAUAACUGCGUGAAAAUCUUUCUGUUUAGUAAUAACAAUCUGAUCAGUCACAAUAGAUAAAGCUGACUUUCUGUGACUAUCGGAGAUACGUUACUAUCAAUCGUAUUGUAGACAACGGCGUAUCGUUGAACUACUCGUAUAUAUUUGCACUUUUUGCAAAAUUGAUUAACGUUACGUGAGAUCACGACAAACGUUUAUUAUUGGUGCUUGAUCGCGGUUGCGAUCCUAGCAGUGACCAGCUAUAACCGCUAUAUUUAUUGUGUAACCUUUUCAUUGAGAGGAUCGCAAUCGAAGUGCGAAGAAUAACUUAUCCACGAGAAUUCGAGAUGAUUAUUCGCCAAUUGUAACUGGCCAAUGAUCAUAUGAACACUCGGUAGACACGAUAAGCAGAGUUACGAAAUCUGGAGAUGAAAUGCGACCAUCUCUUCAUUUCUGAAUUACGAGUUCCUUGGCUUUCUCAUUAUUAUGAAUGAAAAAUGAAGCUAUGUCUUAUUACCUAACGCUGAAACGCGAAUUAUCGCGUGAAUGAUCGUAGUACGAUUUCUUUCUUCCUUUCUUUCUGUUACAUUUCAAUAUAUUCUAUUUUUUCCUCUCGUCGUGAUCAAUUAGCUUACGAUAUAAUGUACUUUUAUCGUUUCGUCAAAGCAGAUCUCAAAAUUAAUUUCUAUUUUGUCGCAUAUAAAAAUGAUGUUUUUUCUCAGAGUAUACUCUGGUUACCUCAGCUUAAGAUAAGUGAUUGUGUGAAAGAUUGAGUAGUUAUUGUUUGAUUGGUAAAAGCCGUACCAUAGGUAAUGCGAUAUACAACUCUCUCCACGCCCCAGUUUGCUUUUCUACAGGGGCCAGAAGCAUUCUGGAGCUCGUACAUUCAUAUUCCGUAAAAUAUUGAGAAGUGAAGGAAAAUAGAAAUUUCCAUACACCUAUCUAUCUAUCUCCGGCGGUGGAUAAGUAAAAUGGAUACGUUGUGUAUUGGAAAUUUCGCUGAAUCUAAAAAAAAGAAGAAAGAGAAAGUGAGAACAAGGAGAGAAGAAAAAGGUAAUAACUCAAAAUUUGUCCCGUUGCAUCGAGAAUAUUACUGAAUUAUUUUCGACAAACGGAUUUUUUCUGUCAGUCAACGGUGAAUUUUGUCUUGUUGCCCAAAAAAGAGGAGAGGAGAAAGAAAAUGAGAGAAACGUUACGGCACGGAGAAAAUUCGAUAAUGAACGAGGAACGGGCAAUGAGAAACGGUACAGACUUCAAGUAAUAGCGUUGCUUUUAUUUGUCGAAACGAAGAAUUUCUUUCGCGCACUCAACACGAGGAUGUGAUCAACGUUUGCCUUCACCGACAACAUUUUAUUCCGCAAAGAUCUUUGUACUGACAUUCUCAAUCUCAGCCUGUCCUCUCAUUCAUCGUUCGCAUACAACUCGAUUUAUUGAACAACAAACAAAAUUAUAUAACUGUUAUUGUUCACUAAACUCGUGCACGUACUGAUUUCAUAACGCCCACUCGUUACAUCGUAGAUUGCGUAACUGAUGUCGAGCAUUCGAGACGAUUCCCGAAAUAAUGCACGCGGUUACAUUCGAUCAUUCGUUGAAGGCCAUUUGCAAACAAUUAUUUAUUGAUUCGUCAGAGGAGCUCGUGGAAAUGAGCCGCCUCUCUUGGUCUGAUUAUAUAUCGCUUUAAUAGAUGGGCCUUUCUUGUUCAUGUGGCAUUCAGUAUUAUGAGACAUAGUGGUAGAUCCCAUUAUAUAUAUAUAUAUAUAUACAUAUAUAUAUAUAUAUACAUAUAUAUAGUUUUUCAAGAUGAACACACAGAGAGGAAGAAACCAAUUUGAUGAACAACUGUCGUCCCACGCUGGGAGGAUAAUUUUAUGCGUGUAACGAUAAUACCAUAGUUAAUCGUAAUGAUAAGCGAACAACGUUUCACCGAAAUAUAGGAACUAUACGAAUUCCUCGACACUUUAAAGAUGGCCUGUUAAGUUAAAAAUUAAACCCGGUGCAUGUACUCGGGCGCGAAUCCGCAAAAUGUCGAGGAAACGCGAAAGUUAUUGUGCCGAUAUCGGCUGAGAGCGGGAGAGAAAUAAUCGCGGAAUUGAUAAGGAAUAAUCAGUUUCAUGUAUAAUUCAUAUUGCGUUUCGUCUUUGCGUUUUAACGACACCCAUGAGACAGAUUAUGGAACGUUAGGAAACCUCAAAUUAGUUAGCUGCAUAAAAAGAAAAAUUGCGAUUACUUCCGGGAGGCAAAUGUAACGAAUCUUCGCAAUUUUUAUUUUUAUUAAUAUCGCGAGAAAGAAAAAAGGGAGGUACGCUUGACGUCGUCAAAUAAUUUUAUUGUGUUUAUCCAAGCGAAACGAUUUGUUGGUACGUAACAACAAUGAAACACUUAUCUAAUGUAAAUUCUGAAUGAGAAUUGCUUCUCCAAUAAAUAAGACCUACAGUAUCCGGGAAGACUUUUCAUAUUGGCGAGAUUUUCAAUUGCGUUACGAAAGAUGAAUUGUACAACGUAUUUUAUGGGAAUCUACUGCUUUUCUCUCUAUUCACAUCGGUUUAUAUUUAUAUCAGUUUAUAUUUGAUAAACAACUGUAGAAAGGUUUCGUAUAUAUAUAUAUGUACAUGGCCUUUUUACUAUGCGUUUUAAAUAUACGCAUGACAAGGUGGCACACGAA